AUGCUGGUGGAAAACCACAACACCUGCUUGCUGGAUGUCUUCGCUGGCACAUGUAGCCAGAAGAACCUUCCCAUUUACGAACAUUUUCCAUCUGUACAAGGGCCUGCAGAGGAGGGAUAUAUGCUAGACUUCCUCGGUGUGUCGAUGCCCAUUGAUGCUGACUGUACCCGCAAGCAGUUCGCCUUACUGGCGCCGGGCCGAACGAUGAUGUGCCAAUACUACUCGAGAGGACUGACACUUCCUCGGGGUUGGCCAAUGUUGGACGAAGAGUAUCUAGAGUGGGCGGAUGGCCUCACUGCCGCCGUGCAAGCAGCACGGGCCGGCCGGCCUUUCCGCAUGGCCGAGCUGGGCAGCGGACCCUACGGAAUCUGGGCCAUGCGUGCGGCAAAGGCGUUUGCCAAGUAUGCAGCACCUGACCUGCCCUGUGAGCUGCUGCUCGCAGAGCCCUUCGCCAUGGGGGACGGGUCCCUCCUUCGGGACCACACUGCCAUGAACUUGCCGCCGGGGCGGUGCAGGUUUGUUGUGCACACCGAGCCCGUCACCACGAAUGACCAAGUCAAGGCUCUACUGGGCUCUGGUGAUGUUUGGGAUCUCCUGGAUGUUGAUGUAGAUGGUGCCGAGAGAACCAUGCUGACUGGCUUGUUUGGCUGGCUCUUGACCAGGGUUCGGCGCCUGCACCUCUCAACCCAUUCUCGGGACAUCCAUUGGAGUUUCAUGAAGUCGCUGGAAAGAGAGGGCUGGGAAGUCCAGGCCCACUAUCCCACACUGUCAUUGGUUGGCCUCCAAGACAAUGGAAUGGGGCGAUUCCUGAACUGUGAUGGCCAUAUCAGUGCAAUCCCGCGCUUUUGGCAGUGGGCUUAA